GUGGUGAUGCAAUUGAGCAGAGGAUCCGCUAUUUGGGACUUUGGGAUCCCAGUUUCUGCAUACCUUUGCUCGUUGCCUACGAGAAUGGGACUACAAAGACAUUCUGGUCUGCACAUUGAUGGACACGCUAAGUUUCCCGUUUGGCAACACAUUUCAAACUUCCAGAUUAAACAAUGUCCUACUCUCCAGAAAAACAAAAAGAACCGGUAUACUCCUCAACCGCCGACGCCGGCCUAGGAGCACCUCCAUCUUACGAAGAAGCCGUGCCGACCGCCGCGCAAGACGCCCUACCAGAAUACGACAACCUAUCAGACAACCUCCACGCCGAAGUCGGGCCCUCAUCCUCCACAACUCUCAAAGCCGCAACACACAAGUUCCCGCCUACAAUAAACUGCUACUUCCAAUGGGCCUUCACGCGAACUUUCAUCCUAGGACCCUCCAAUGAGGAGAGACUCUUCGCCGCCUCGCCGCACGCGGGCUGGCGCACCAAGAGGCGAGAAAUCAUCCUCCACGAUGGGCCUACAGACAAGCACCCCGUCCUCGCAACGAUCGGCAAGUGGUGGGCUGCAAAGGCUCAGACGCCUGCGACGAUCGUAAUCCCGCCCCGGGAAGAACGCGGCGAGACAAGCGGGUUUGAGACGGAGAUUACCGGGGUCCCGUGGGGCUUGGACCAGAGUUCCGCGCGGGUGUUUUCGAUGACUGUCGGGGGGAAAGAGACGGGGACGGAGGCUAGGACGGAGAGGUUUCAGUGGAGGGGCAGUCGGGGCGGGGAGGUCUCUGAGCUUGCUCACGGGGGGACGUAUGGGUGGAAGUUGGUUAGGUUGAACGAAGUUGCUGAGGGCGCUGGGGGGAGCAGACGGGAGAGGGAAGCUGGAUGCACGAGCGAUGGGCACGAGAUUGUUGCUAUUCUGGCGACAAACUACAAGAGUUUGACAAAGGGGCUGAAGUUUUCGUUUGCUGGGUCAGGGUUGACGGGGAUGUUGGGGGAGAGGUGGGAGAUUGUUACGGUUGCGACUGCGUUGUGGACUUGGUAUACUCACAUUGAGGGCACGGAGGGUUCUUGAUCUUGAUGACGGAUUCGGAUGGGAGGAAAUUUGUCUUUGCAUUUACAUAUACCCUUCUUAAUCCGAGCAUUGCUUAGAACACCACGACUUCGCCUUUCACUGAGGAUAUGGAACACCUUCAUCGUUCU